GAGCGCGUCCCGAGCAGUCACAGUCCCGGACACAGCUCUCCGCGGCCCUGCGGCGGCAGCGGCCGAGCAUAAAGUGCUGAAGGUGGCCUGUUCUGAGGAUCAAUUUAAUAAUCAUUUGCUCAGAAAACAUCCUGCAUUGUUCAUGGAGUUUUUCAUCAGUAUGUCUGAAACCAUUAAAUAUAAUGACGACGAUCACAAAACUGUGUUCCUAAAAACGUUGAAUGAACAACGUUUGGAAGGAGAAUUUUGUGACAUCGCUAUUGUGGUGGAAGAUGUUAAGUUCAGAGCCCAUAGGUGCGUGCUUGCUGCCUGCAGUACCUACUUCAAAAAGCUUUUCAAAAAACUUGAAGUUGAUAGUUCAUCAGUAAUAGAAAUAGAUUUUCUUCGUUCUGAUAUUUUUGAGGAAGUUCUCAAUUAUAUGUAUACUGCAAAGAUUUCUGUUAAGAAAGAGGAUGUGAACUUGAUGAUGUCUUCAGGCCAGAUCCUCGGUAUUCGGUUUCUUGAUAAACUCUGCUCUCAAAAACGUGAUGUAUCCAGUCCUGAAGAAAACACACAGUCCAAGAGCAAGUACUGUCUAAAAAUGAACCGUUCUAUAGGGGAGCCCAAUGAUACCCAAGAUGAUGAGGUGGAAGAGAUUGGAGAUCAUGAUGACAGUCCAUCAGAUGUGACAGUGGAAGGCACUCCCCCAAGUCAGGAAGAUGGUAAGUCACCAACCACUACCCUGAGAGUGCAAGAGGCAAUUCUGAAAGAGUUGGGAAGUGAAGAAGUUCGAAAAGUAAACUGCUAUGGUCAAGAAGUAGAGCCUAUGGAAACAACGGAAUCUAAAGACUUAGGAUCUCAGACCCCUCAGGCACUCACAUUUAAUGAUGGCAUAAGUGAAGUGAAAGAUGARCAGACACCAGGCUGGACCACAGCAGCUGGGGAUAUGAAGUUUGAGUACUUGCUUUACGGUCACAGGGAACACAUUGUAUGUCAGGCUUGUGGCAAGACGUUUUCUGAUGAAGCACGUUUGAGAAAACAUGAAAAACUACACACUGCAGACAGACCAUUUGUUUGUGAAAUGUGUACAAAGGGCUUUACCACGCAAGCUCAUUUGAAAGAACACUUGAAAAUACACACAGGUUACAAGCCUUACAGUUGCGAGGUGUGUGGGAAAUCUUUUAUUCGUGCGCCCGAUCUAAAAAAGCACGAAAGAGUUCACAGUAAUGAGAGGCCAUUUGCAUGCCAUAUGUGUGAUAAAGCUUUCAAGCACAAGUCCCACCUCAAAGACCAUGAAAGAAGGCACCGAGGAGAGAAACCUUUUGUCUGCAGUUCCUGCACUAAAGCAUUUGCUAAGGCAUCUGACCUAAAAAGGCAUGAGAACAAUAUGCACAGUGAAAGAAAGCAAGUUACGGCAGCCAAUUCCAUCCAGAGUGAAACAGAACAGUUACAGGCAGCAGCCAUGGCUGCUGAAGCAGAGCAGCAAUUAGAAACUAUAGCCUGUAGUUGAAAACUAGAGCAGGAACUUUAUCUGAAAUAAUAUAAGAAAUUCAAUGGAACAAAAUCUAUUGUUGGUAUACAUUUAGACUGAGAAUCUUUUCAAGAAAGCAUAUUUUUAGAGGAUAUGAAUACGUUAUGAAUAUAUUWCAUAGGAUAAUAUAGCAUUGCUUGGUUAAGUGUUUUAAAACAUUUCAGAGAUGGGUAUUCUUAGAAUGUGAAACAGUUUUGUUGUUCUUAGCAGUAUAAUGCACUAAUAACUGCUUUAAUUCGAGAAUGUGAUCAAGUUCUCUAUAAAACAGGGGUCAUCACUGGGCGAUACUUUGCUUCAUCCAGUAUGGAAUACUGAAUACAACAUAAACAUGGCAAUCAGUGGGAAUCAGUGAGUUAUGUUUGAAAAUGCUGAGAUCUCAAAAAUCACAAAUGUGGAAAGAAAAGACUUCAUUUUCAUAAUUCUGAGGUGUUAAGCCUACAAUUUUUUGAGAAGCAGACAUUGAUUUCCUAAGCUUUUUAAUUCCUCCUUUUUUCACCUAAUGUAGGUUGGUACAACAGAGUGUGAAGGAGGACGGUGAUCAAAAUGAAACUGCUUCUCAUUCCAUUCCCUCAGAUAUCCUCUUAUUUUUAUAAAGRUGGCAAAUUUUUAAUGCUUUCUUGAAAAAAUUGCAUUAUUCACAGUGAUUCUGGCUGGCAAAGCAGAAGUGUCGUGGCAUUCACCUAUCCCUUCUGUGGGCAAAAAAGUCUGCCUCAUUUGUUCUCAUGUUCACUUUUAUGCAGGGCUCCAGAUAUGGGCCACAAAGGAAAAAGGGUGCAGCAUGCUCCUUACUCAAACCCRGUAGAAAUCACUAAAAGCUAAUACAGCCUGGACUUUUUUAUUAUGCUGCUUUCAGUUCACCUAACCUAGCACAGYGAAGGCAGAUUAAUAGCUGCACCAGCAGGUGACCAGGUGUCACUUCCAGACUCCCAGAGCUGCAGCCACCGAUGUCACAUCCUGCCCGUGGGGCUCAGCUGAGGUUUGUGUCCUGGCUGGUCAUACCAGCUCAUAGGUCCUGUUCAAAUUUAAAAGGUUCCACCUUCUGACACACCACCUCUCAAGAGGGAGACUUCAGUGAGUGAAUUCUGUCAUAAUCGAUCCUGAGUGAGUGUUUGCUGUUAGUCAGUUGCUUAGUCUAUUUUUUUUUAAGACCAGCUUGGGUACAUGCUGAUAAUUUUAUAGUUAACUCACAAAGUUAACAAGUGGUCUUUGGAUUGCAGUCUACUACAUGUAGUCAUCAAGACCCAGUAACAGUGGCAAUGUAAUCCAAAGGUAUAUUGAGCCUUUGUUUUAAAUUGUAAAUACUAUAGCUGUUGUGAAAACUUCGUUUGAAGUUGGAAUGGGCAUAAAAACACUCUUGGGCACAUGAUUGGUAACAUUGGUCACUUGCGAUACCUAUAGCAUAUCAAAGUGUUAGACCAGUUUCUGGUAAGUUACUGUGUGGUAGAUCACAUCUUGCUUUUCUAAAUAGAAAUUUAAAAUAGUGGUUUUGGAACUGUUAUAUGGAACUUUGAUUAUUGAGGGGUUUUUAUUUGGUUGAAGUUUUUUUUACAGCUUCAUUUUAUUCAUGUAUUCAUCAGGUUAAGCAGUUAUCUUAAAAUGCCAGUAAUUGUUUGAAUGCUGGUCUGUAAAUAAGACAUGACCUUAAUAUUUUAGAAAAUGUAAACUUUGGACCUUUACCAAUAUAUUUUUUUAAAAUGUUGCUUCAUUUUACAUUCAGUAAUAUUAGUUUGUAAACAAACUAUACAUUUUGUACCUGUGCAACAUCAGAGGAUGUGUAUUCAUUGCAUUUUAUUGGUUCUCUUGAGGAACAUGAUAAAUGACCAUUGUUAAAAUGUUUUACUGUAUAUGAUCAUAGAUAUAAAGAUAGUUGGUCCAAAAUAGGAUCUACUUUUUUUUUUCUAAAUAUAUUAGUCUUGCUAUGUUUUCUUAUCUGAAAUUGUGUGCACUUCUUCCUAGGUAAAUUGGGGUUGGUAAGACUGUACAAAACAGAUCUGUGAUAAGAGUUUUAAAGUGUAAAACAUGAAGAAAGUAAAUUUUCUCAAGGUUUUCUAUGAAGAGUGCAAGAAGCAAUGAGCUUAAAUUACAGCAGUAAACAAUUAUGUUUAAAAAAAAAAGCAAAAAACUUUUAAAGGAUUUGAUAAUGAAUUACUAAAACAGAAUGCCUGGGGAGGUACUGCAAUCUCCGCUAGUGCUGACAUUCAAGAAUGGGUUACACAAACAUCAGUUAGAAAUGGUUUAAAUAUGAUAACUUCUGCUUUGAAGCUGAGGGGUAAGCUGAAUAUCCCCUCAAGAAGAGCCUCAUAGGAUUUUUUUUKGAAAAUAAUAAAUUAAAAUGGAACUCGCUGGGACAGCAGAUGCUUGAGUGGAAGGACAGAACUCAAGUAUUACAGUUAAAGAAAAUUWCCUCUGCAGUCAAAGAAAAUAGACCCUGACUUUUGAGCACAAGUAGUCAGGCUGUGAAUUUGAAAUGGUUAUAGAAGGGAGGCUUGCAUGAGAAGAUUCACAGCUGAAAGUGUGAUAACAUUCUGUGUUACAUCAGAGUAAAUUCUGCUGUUGUUACGGCUUACAUCUAUAAGAGUUACAAGCGUGGAGGCCUGGAGGUAUCCUUAACUAUUUACACAUUCUUGUUAAUGUGCUCUAAACUCAUCUGUAUAUUCUGAAGGAAUAUCAGCCUGUAUAUUGUGGRGGUGUGUCUGUGAAGUUCAGGUAGAUCUGUCUGCAUCUUAUGACACUACUGCUCCCAUGUCUCUCCUGUCUGUGCCAAAAAACACCAUGUGCAAAAACAGGCGUGUGUCAGCUCCAAGCCACGGAGGUUUUCCAGCCUGAUAAACUAUAAGCUGUGUAAGCUGUGAGCUGUGUCAAUCGAGGAAUGGGCAAGCUUUUGUUUUUGCUUUGACAGGGGUGACAACUUCUUUUGGAGUUUGAAACAGUGGAYGAUUCUGGCCAAAUAAUGGGAAUUUUGCUGUUGACUCUACUGGGGCCAGACUAGUCUAACAUUGCUUAGAAGGCUUUUUGUUAGGAUUUUUUUUUUUUUUAAGAGAAAAAGGAGCAUAACCCAACACACUUUGA